AUGGGGGCCGGUCUCCGGGCCUUUUGUUUUUUCUUUUCUGUCUUGCUUUCUCGCACUAUUCGCAAGCGAUUCGCUGGUUUCCUCCGACGCGGGCUGCAGGCGAUUGACUUUUUGACUUUUUGGUUUCCUGCACGUGUGGCGGGGACGGGAGGGUCGAUACUGAUGGGCAAGUCUUUGCGUGGUCGUGCAUGGGGUAGUUUUGAGGGGCCGCCGGAGCCUGGAGGAGUCGGAAACUCUGCCGGAGACGACGAGAGCCAGAAAGAUGCGCGAGCGUCGCGAGCGUCAGCCAGCAUGGCGAACCUUGAUCUAUGUACGUGUAAGGUUGUAGUCGUCGUCCUUGUCGUCGCCCUUGCCGUCGUCGAAACCCAGUUGAUGUCGCAGCGAAAGCGAAGGUUAACUGCUACAUGUGCACCUCGAGUACGCCAACCCGAGACGUCGUCGGCGUCGACGAUCCGCCUCGAGUAUGUACGAUACGGCACCGCACGGUAG